AUGGCAAUUUCGCAUGAUCCGGAUGUUGACCAUCAGAGCAUCAGAUCCUUCCGGGACUCAAUUUGCAGUAAACAGUCUACGUCCCAAUUCACCGACAAGACCCCAUGGUUAUCCAUAGGACUUGUUGCGGCGCUAACAAUGUGCACGGCAGCCCAAUUCAGCGUAUAUUUCAGCUCGAUGUGGCCGUAUCUGCAGAGGGUAUGUUGCAAGUGUUCUUGGUUUUUGACAAGGGAGGUGUUCAAAGGGCGGCGCUUAGAUUUUUUUUAGACUUUGCACACAUCUCGGGUAUGGACCACAUAUUAAUUCUUGAGAAUCUCAGCUGGCGCUUUGCAUAGGGAGCCGAGAUAUUCAACGAUCUUUGCGGCUGAGAGAGUGCACAAAAUGCCGAAAGCGGUCAGAGAAAAACACCUUUUGGCCGUAUCUUUGUCUGCUUCGCAUGGAAAAAAAAUUUAUUUUUUGUGGAAACAUCACCCUCUCGAGUUGAAAAAAGCAUUAAACUUUUGAGAAAAAAUCGCCAAAUCUUUGCCAACUUUCGGCCUAAAAAUCUUGGUCGUUUCUGCAAUGCACGACCUAUAAAUAAAUACCUCACUUGCUAUAGAAACAACUUUUCUAAAUUUGUGCCAAGUUUCAUAAAAAUCCGAGCGUCGCACCUUGAGCACUUCCCAUAUGGGCCAGAAGGUCAAACAUGAUGAAUUUUUCUGGGCAGACCGGGUAUUUGACGGUCAUAUAGCUUAGUUUUUCCGGUCAUAUAUGGCCCACUUGACCGGUCAGAUUGGGCUUUUUGACCGGUCAGAUUCCUCAAUUUGACUUAUAAAACUUACCUUCAAUGACUUAUUUUCAGCUAGACCCCGACAUCACGGAGCCAUUCUUCGGCUUCUCCGUGGCCAUCUACUCCUUCGGCCAGAUCGUUUUCGCUCCACCUCUUGGCUGGUGGAGCAACAAAAUCAAAAGUAUCCGGCAUCCGGUUGUGGUUGCAAUCUCAUUGCAAAUGGCCGGAAACUUUAUCUAUCUUUUCGCUCAAGCCUUCCCAGCGCCGCAUGGCAAAUACGCCGUGGCAUUCAGUCGAUUUUUGUGCGGGCUUGGAGCUAGUGAGUUGGCGUUGUAAAACCCAAAAUUAUUUGAUUGUUUAGGCAACAUUGGGCUGCUCAAGACGUAUGCAGCGACGGCUAGCAGAAAAGAAGACCGGUCGCGGUCGAUCGCGACGGUUACUGGAGGACUGGCAUUGGGACUAAUUGUUGGCCCAGGUGAGAUUUUUUUGAUUUUUUAGGGUUUUUUAUGCUGUCUUUGGCCACAAGAUGCUUAUUUGGCCAAAAAUUUCUUAUUUUUAGAUGGAAGGUCGGGAAAUUUUAUGAUUUUUUUGCGAAUUUUGAGAGGAAAAAUGGAAAGUUUUACGCUUAUUUUAAUUGUAGAGAGCAAUUUUUCCACAAAAAAUCUGUUUUUACCGAACGAAAUUGGCAACGAUGUCGCCAAAAAUGCUUUCUCUCUGAGCGCUCUCCGAACUUCGCAUACUCUCUCGGCCGCAAGGAUGGUUGAAUAUCUCGGCCCUCCCUGCAAAGCGCGAGCUAAAAUUUUCAAGAAUUGAUAUAGGCCCUAUGUCCGACGUGUGUACAAAAUCUAAAAAAGAUCAAAAAGUUGGACUGGGAGCACUUAGCUGAGCAAGUUUUACCUCUUUUUUGGGUAAAAUUUCAGAUUUUUGACAGAAAUUUACAAUUUUUAUAAUCGAAAAAGAGUAAAUUACUUCCCAUUGUGCAGUCUAGGAAAAAAAUUUGCCACAAAAUGCAGAGCUAUACGUUUUUUUAAUCUUUUUUGACCCACAAAGACUUAAAAAUUUGGUUGCUUAAACAAGCUCGAAAAAAAUUUAUUUGACUGUUUUCAGCCAUUCAGCUCAUUUUCACGCCAAUUGGUGAAAAAGGAUGGAGAAUUACCUCUUGGUUUGCUCUGAAUAUGUACACUACUCCUCCAUUAGCUGUGUGCUUGGUCAACAUCACUGCAAUGUGUUUGAUGGGCUUCGUAUUCAAAGAGGUCUACGCGGGAUUGUUGGAUAGCGUAAGUCAUCCGAAGAAAGGCUAGAAAUUUUUAGGCUGUAUUUAAUUUUUUGGAGGCGAUUGUUCAGUGCGAAAUUUUUUACUUCUUGCGUUGUGCGAAACGAUUUUUUUUAUUUUUUUUUCAGCGUCCAAGUUUUAUUGAGUUUUUGGACACAAAAAACAAAAACGGAUUUUUUUUAUUUUUUGCACCGUGCGGAAAUUUUUUAAUGCAAAAAAUUUUUUUUUCAAUUUCAAAAAGUAUUAUUUUUUCCCACUGUGCAAUUUUUGGCACUGUGCGGAAUAUUUUGUGCAAAAAAAAUUGUUAUUUUUUGCACGGUGCAAUUUUUCUAAUUCAAAAAAUUUUUUAUAAAUUUGAGAAAAAAGUUUAUUUUUCCCCUGUGCAUUUUUUUCAUUAUGCAAAUUCAAUGUUGUUUCCGGAUAAGGCAAAAAAAAAUUUUUUUAAUUUUGCACUGUGCAAAAAAAUUUGUAUGCACCGUGCAAUUUCCCAAACUCAAAAAAAUCAUUUUUAUAAAAUUCCAGAAGUCCAGCCAGAACCUGAAACUCAUCCCAGCCGACACUCGCGGUGUUUGGAUGUGUUAUUUCACGCGAUUCGCUCAAAUGUUCGCCUUUAGUUCGGUGGAAACCCUUUCGGCGCCCAUUGCAAUGACAAUGUUCGCGUUGUCGCGAAGCGACGCCGUAACAUUGAUAGCUCUUGUUCACGGGGCAAUGUCGGUCCUCGAGCUGUCCAUGUACAUCAGUUUUGUUGGGUGCAAAUUGGAUCGGUUUAUCAACAAUCGGCUGGUCUGUUUGCUGGCAUUCGUUGGGAUCGGACUUUUUUAUGUCAUCAGUUUCCCGUGGCCCUUCUUGCCGAACAAAUUGGUGAUGUACAAUGAGACUAGUAAGUGGAUUUUUUUUUAUAUAUUUUUUUUUAAUUUUUGAAUUUUUUUAUUAUUUUAAUUUUUUUUUUUUUUGAAAAUUGAAAAUAAGAUUUUUUCCGCAUUUUACAAAAAAAAAUAAUUAAAAAACUAGUUUUUUUAUGAUUUUUUUUAUUUCUAAAGUUUUUUGUCAUAUUUUUUUGUAAUUUUUAAAAAUUGAAUAUAAGAUUUCUUCCGUAUUUUACAAAAAAAAUAAUUAAAAAAAUAAUUUUUUUUUGAUUUUUAUUUUAUUUUUCAUCUCAAAAAAACUUUUAUUUUUCAAAAUUUUUCGAUUUUUUUUAUUAUUUUUUUUUAUUUUCGACACUUUUGUGCAAAAAAAAAUUUUAUUUUUUCCACAAAAAAAAUUUUAUUUUUUACAAUUUUUUUAAAAAUUUGAAAAUAUUUUUUUCUAAAAAUAGAAAUUUUUUUUACAAAGAACUUUUCCCAAUUUCCUCUUUUUUCAGUGGCAAAGGAGAUGGAAUCCCUUGAAAUCGAGCCAUUAGGCUGCAACGUGGACCAUCUUCCGUGGUGCGAAUACACUCCGCAAGUCAACAUCUACCUCUACUACAUCAUGUUCGCGCUUCUGAUGACCUCCUGUUUCUGUCUGAUCAACAUCACGAUGAAUACGAUCUUCUCGUCCGUGAUUGGCCCUCGUCGGCAGGGAACGCAACAAGGCAUUCUGCAGAUGAUGGGCUCGGUCGGGCGACUCAGCGGGCCGUUGUUGAUCAGCAAUUUGUACAGCUAUUUGGGGAUUCGGUACGCUUGGGCGACGGAGGCCGCGAUUUGUGUGAUCUUUGUGGGGUUGUGGAUUUGGAAUUAUCCGAAUUUGGUACCGAUCGAAGAAAAAAUGGAGAAAAUGCGCUUGGAGGAGGUGAAAAAGGACAGCGAAAAGGAUCGAAUCAAUGUGAAAUUUUGA